AUGCCUGCUAUGAACGACUGGCUCCGCGACGACCUCUUCGGCAAGGAGCGCGACCUCUGCACCGCCAUCACCUCCGCUAACUCCGCCCCUGCCGUCCUCAAGCUCUGCGCCCCCGACGCCGCCCUCAUGUUCCCCAAGACGGAGAUCCUCUCGCCCGAGGACGAGGACGCCCUCAAGGACGCCAUGCGCCCGCCCUUUCACCGCUUCGACGACUUCGAGACCGAGGACAUGAAGGCCCACUUCAUCGGCCUCAUGGGCGGCGUCGUCACCUACAAGAUCAAGGCGUCCAAGGGCAAGGAAAAGUACAAUGCGACGGCCUCGUCGACUUGGAACCAGGGCGCGGAUGGAGAGUGGCUGCUUGUUGCUCAUUCUGAGACGCAGCUGUGA